AUGCAUUGCUCGUACAUAGUAUCCGCGGUAUUCUGCCUCGCAUCAUCUGCCCUCUCACACACCCUUCCAGCACGCUCCUCAGCGGCGUUACCUCCAUCCCAAGACCCCUGGUACACGGCUCCAGACGACCUACUCUCCUAUCCAGCAGGUAGUAUAAUUCGCGUCCGCCCAGAUCCAUUGUCUAUCUACGCCGCAAUCGGCACAAACCUGACAUCUGCAAGCUACAACAUUCUGUACCGCACGACCGACGGCAACAACAUCCCCAGUUUCGCAGUUACCACUCUUUUCGUCCCUGUAUCAAAGAAAAGUGGCAGCAAAAAGACUCAAGGGUUGGUCUCGUAUCAAAUACCAUACAACUCUCCCUCUGUCGACGCAAGUCCCUCCUGGACACUUUCCACGGUACUAAAUUCGACAUUUUCGGAUAUAGCGGCCUUACUCGUUCAAGGAUGGUACGUUAGCGUAACCGACUUUGAAGGUCCGAAUGCUACUUUUGCCGUGGGCCUUGCAGAGGGCCACGCUGUUCUUGACGGGUUGCGCGCUGUGACCGAGUCCUCAUCUUCUCCGGCUUCUAAAAGUGCUGAAGCAUGGAAAAUCGGUCUCUGGGGCUACUCCGGGGGCUCAAUUGCCAGCGAAUUCGCCGCCGAACUCCACGCCUCGUACGCACCCGAAAUCGGGAUUGCAGGAGUUGCAAUUGGCGGUUUGCCGACCCCGAUUACUGCAGUGCUGGAAUCCGUAAAUGAGACGCCUUACGCAGGGCUGAUCGUAGCCGGAUUAUGGGGGUACGCAAAUGCAUUUCCUAUUGUGGAAUCGUACGUAUUGAGUCGCUUGACGGACGAAGUCAAGACAUCCGGCAACUUUACGGCGGGACGAAACUUGAACAUCGAUGAGAUAUUUGUCACGUACGCUUAUGUCGAUGUCUAUUCGUACUUUAUCGGGGGCGAAGAUGAUAUUCUCGGUAGUCCCUUGUUGCAGUACUUUUGGGAUACGCAGGGCACUAUGGGUGUUCACGGGUUGCCAGAUAUGCCCAUGUACGUCUACAAGGCUAUUGCGGAUCAGUUGGCGCCUGUACAGGAUACUGAUGCUCUGGUUGGUAAGUAUUGUGCUGAGGGACAAGCUGUUGCACCACGGAAAGAGAGCGGAGUACAGAUAUUGUAUGAGCGAAACACGAUUGGAGGACAUCUUGCGGAGGAGUCUAACGCAGACGCGUCUGCGGUGGAAUUUUUGAGCAAGGCUUUGAAUGGAAAUCUAGGUGCUGGGUGGCCUGGAAUUGGCGGAUGCGUGGUGAGAAAUGUGACUGUUGGCACUGAUACGAGUCCGGAUUGGUAG